AUUGACAUUUUCCAUGCACUAAAAUCCCUAAAUUUUUGACACAUAACCUCAAACAAGAGACAAAAAUUUGCAAAAUACGAAAAAAUGACCGGUUUCAAUGGAUUCUUUCGGAAAUUAUACUACGACGACAUCGACGGGAGCACCAGACGUGGCCCCGCAUCGUGAUUACAAAUUCCUUAUCGUUCCUUUGGUAGUGGUGUUUCUCAUUCUUUUACUGUCGGCCCUUGUCUAUUUAAUGGCCCGAAGGAAACGACGACUAGACCGUUUGCGACACAGUCUUAUGGUGUUGUACGAAUUUGAUUCAAAUGAACAUGAAUGGGAAUCUUUAAACAGUUCAGACAAUCCCAAUUACACCCAAAUCAACAACACUGCUGUCUAGAAAAUGUUUAUUAAUCAACAGUAUUUGAGUCAGUAUCGCUAUUAAAAUAAUCCUUGAACGUCUUUUCAAAUAAAUCGUUUUCAAUCAUCUCACUCACAAAAAAGCUACAAUCAACAUUUUCAUUCAACUUCAGUCCAAGUUUUUCCAAAUUUUGUGGCACAUAAGUGGGCAAAUCCCUUCUAAUUAUGUCGUCUACGAUUUCAGACACUUGUAAGUCAUCCUCAUCGCCAAAAUUCGACUGGUUGAGGUCAAAAGACACAUCUGGGGCCACCUUUUUCGGAGUUGAAGCCUUGCACAAGAAGGCAUCUAACGUGUGGAUGUGAUUAUUUUUCGUUUUCUUCUUCACUGGUGAUUGUGUCGUGAUUGAAAUGUUUUGCAACAAGUCAUCAAUUUCAUCAAUUGCAGAUUUCUUCUUUUUCCUUGAUUUAGGUUUCUUCACUUCAAAUUCACGCACCAAGUACGGGAAGGCUUUUUCUACUAGAUUUUGGGGCUCCACAGUAGACCACAACUUUUCCAAAUCCCCGAAUUGUUCCAACUGUUCCUCAGGGAUCAAGUCACUAAAGUGAUUUAAUUUAUCUUCCCAGACUAUUUCGUAACUGAGGAUUCCUGCAAAAAGAGUCGUAUUUAUUUGUUUUUCUAGUGAUUUUUGCACCUUUGAGGGUCCUUCGUUUUUUGAUAAAUUUUGGUGAAACAACUCCUCCUGUCUUGUCACUGAUUUCGUCAAAAUGUAACAACUGCCACCUGGUCAAAAUGGGGAAAAAUUUUUCAAAACUGUAAAUCUCCUCCCAAGUCAGGUAUUUGACUGUAAAUUUCUUUCAAAAAAUUAUUUUGAUUUUUUUGUGAUUUUAACCAACUCACAAUGAAGUUGACCAAAUCUGGCCUACGCCACUUCAAGUUUAGUUUAGAAAUUUUGCUUUUCUCACUCAGAAACUCAUUAAUUAAAUUCUCAUCUGGGAAAUUGGGAUCAAUCAAGGCUUUGCUCCUCAUAUUUAACUCAUUUUUGAUUUCAAGUCUUUCAUUUUUAAAACCAGAAUCGCAACCUUGAUUUGUCUUGCACACAAUACAGCCUUGAAAAAAAUAAAUUAUUUAAUUGUUUU